UCUGUGUAUCUAAGUGUUGAGACGUUGAUGAUGUGCUGUGCUGUGCUGUAAAUCAGUAGGAACUGAUCUGUCCAUGCUGGAUAUAUUGAUGAUUUCAUCACAGAAAUCUCUCAGCUGAAGAAAGAGGUGGCGUUACUGGAGACAAAGCUGAGGUCAAGAGGAGAUUUAGCAAUGAAUCGAGAGGAUGUGGAUUGUUGUGAAUCUUCAGUGUAUGUGACUGAUGAUGGGAGUCUGGAUUCAGUGUGGAUGAGCAGAGAUCAGAGCCGCACACCACAGCCACUACAGGACUCCGAUCUCAGUCUGACUUUACUCUGUUAUACUGAGUCAAAGCCCACAGACACUCAGGACACUACAGUGUGUGACAGUAAACAGAGCUUACAGGAGGAUCAAACCUCCACAGAGUCUCUGGAUUCUGUCUGUAACGCCGGAGAACAGCAGCAGAUUCUGCAGACCACACUGAAGAUGUGUUCAGUUAAACUCAUCGACUGCACGAACCUCAUGAUGAAGAUUAAAUCUGAACCCACAGAAAUCAAAUCUGAACCCACAGAAAUCAAAUCUGAACCCACAGAAAUCAAAUCUGAACCCACAGAAAUCAAAACUGAACCCACAGAAAUCAAAACUGAACACACAGAAGAGGAAGAUCGUACUGAGGAAGAUGAUGAUUUUAUUCCAUCAGAUGUGAAGAGUGAUUCAUGUUUGGAUAUAGACAUAACGUCCUCAACAUCAAAAGAGCGACUGACAGCACAAACUCUUUCCUGCAUCACCUGUGGAAAGACAUUCAGCUCACAGAGACUUUUAGAGCGACAUGAGAGAAAACACACAGAACAGAAACUCUUCACCAGAUCUGAGAUCAGCUUUACUACCUUACAAGAGAAGAAACUUCAUUCAGAAGACCACAGAGAGAAGAAGAAGAAGCAGUUUCACUGUGAGCAGUGUGGAAAGAUUUGUGUCUCUUCCUCUGAUCUAAAUGUUCACAUGAGGACACACAGUGGUGAAAAGCCUUUCAACUGCACUGAAUGUGGAAAAUACUUCAAAACCAAACCAAAUCUUAAAGUUCAUCAAAGACUUCAUACAGGUGAAAAACCUUUCAAAUGCUCUCAGUGUGACAUGGCGUUUGCUUGUUCAAGUAAUUUAAAAGUUCAUAAGAGAGUUCACACUGGAGAGAAACCUUAUCACUGUAGUGUCUGUGGGAAGAGUUUUAGUCUAAAGUCUACCUUACUAAAGCACCAGAGAGUUCAUACAGGUGAAAAACCUUACAAAUGCUCUCAGUGUGACAAGACGUUUGCUCAGUCAGGUCAUUUAAAAGCCCAUCAGAGAAGUCAUACUGGAGAGAAACCUUACGUCUGCACUCAAUGUGGAAAGCGCUUCUCUAAUUCAUCUCAAUUCAGAGUUCAUCAAAGAGUUCAUACUGGAAAGAAACCUCAUCACUGUAGUGUCUGUGGGAAGAGUUUCUUUAAUUUACCUCAAUUCAGAGUUCAUCAAAGAGUUCACACUGGAGAGAAACCUUACGUCUGCACUCAAUGUGGAAAGCGCUUCUCUAAUUCAUCUCAAAUCAGAGUUCAUCAAAGAGUUCAUACUGGAGAGAAACCUUAUCACUGUAGUGUCUGUGAGAAGAGUUUUGGUCAACUGGCUUCAUUACUAAGUCACAUGAGAAUUCAUACAGGUGAAAAACCUUUCAAAUGCUCUCAGUGUGACAAGACGUUUACUUGUUCAGGUCACUUCAAAGUCCAUCAGAGAGUUCAUACUGGAGAGAAACCUUAUCACUGUCGUCUCUGUGGGAAGAGUUUUAGUGUAAAGGAUACCUUACUAAAGCACAUGAGAGUUCAUACAGGUGAAAAACCUUACAAAUGCUCUCAGUGUGACAAGACGUUUGCUCAGUCAGCUCAUGUAAAAGUCCAUCAGAGGGUUCACACUGGAGAGAAACCUUACGUCUGCACUCAAUGAGUGCGUUUACAUGAACAGUCUUACGCCGAUUAUGCUUAAUAAACUGAUAACACGUGGGGUCAUGUUAACGCGUAAAGCGGUUUUCUUUAAUCGGUGAAAGCCCAUAAACAGCGUAAGCAAAAACCGAUCGGCACAGGUAGUUUUUUGCUCAUUACGCCGAUUUCGCGUGGCAUGUAAACACCUUAACCGGCUUUCUCACGGUUUUGUCCAUGUGCGCAUGUCUCCGCGUAUGAAAGAUAAACGUCCCACGCGGAAGUAAGCGCAAGGUAACGCAUAAAAGUCUCCGCUCGACUAAAGCAGUUGGCAGAGAAACUGUGAAAAUAAAAGCUCAUGUUACAUUUACAGGUUCUGCAGACACAAGGAGAGAUACAACAGUAAUUAAUACAGAUAUGUCGUUUACUUUUUGAACGACUAUUGUGUACUAUAGGUGGUGACGUCACUGCCUGCGAGAAAACUGAUAAUUCUUCAAGUCCCAUGUAAACGCAGUUGUCUGCAUAGCUGGCUUACUGAUUUGCAUGUAAACACAUGAAAACAGUUUUCUGUAAUAAGCAGAUUUUUGAUAGAUAUCCGCUUAUUCUGUGCAUGUAAACAUACUCAAUGUGUAUCUCAAUGUGAAUCUCUAUUUCAUCUCAAUUCAGAGUUCAUCAAAGAGUUCAUACUGGAGAGAAACCUUAUCACUGUAGUGUCUCUGAGAAGAGUUUUAGUCAAGGGUCUUCAUUACUAAGUCACAUGAGAAUUCAUACAGGUGAUAAACCUUACAAAUGCUCUCAGUGUGACAAGAUGUUUGCUUCUUCGUCUAACUUAAAAUCCCAUCAGAGAGUUCAUACUGGACAGAACCUUUAACUUUCCCUGCCAGAAAAAAGUUUCUAGUGCCAGCAUUUUCAUGAUUUUCACAAAAGUUUAAUAUCUUUCAGAAAACGUACAAUAUAUCAAAUGAAAAAAUAGACCCUCUGCUUUAAAACAAAAAAGACGUUUCAUCCUACCUUCAUUACUUUUCUUGUAAUCACUUCUCAAAUAGGGGUAGGUUUCUUGAAAAACACAAAAUUUUGAGCAAAAAGCUGAGAUAAUUGCAUUUUUGUAAAGGACUUGAUAGAGAUCCAAUUUAGAGCGAUCCAUAAAACCAUACAUGGACAUACAGCUGUUUGUCCUAGGGCAAUACUUCUGAGUUGUAUAAGUUGCAGAAGAGCACCACCUGGUGGAUAAUAGCAGUGUUGCGGAAAGCCAGAAUUACUCGUCAUUGGCAGGGAAGCAUUUUUUUCACUACAGAAAUGGUGAACAGACCGUGGAAAAUCGGAACGUGAAUAAUAGACUGAGGAGAAGAGCAUCUAAAUCGCUAACAGAGGGGUGUGUGGUGUGCUGCUUUUGGGCUUCCAGGGCCACUUUUAGGCUGUAACUAAACUUAUAUGAAUGCAGGUGAAGGCGACAAUGUGAUAAACAAACUGGUUGGGUUUAGGGAAAGGGUGGGUUUAGAUGCUCCAACAUAUCUUUAAAACCAUAAUUGUUUAUGAAACCAUUUCUAUAUUUACAAAUGUAGAAAAUAAAAUGCAUUUAAUCUGACGUAUAAGGCAAAGAACCUUAAAACGUAACCACGGGUCGUAUAAGCUUUGGCAGCUAGAGGGCACUACGUCCCUAUCUGUUGUAUUAUGGUGCAUGCAUAAACGAACUAUUAGGUCGUAAUUUUUGGAGGACAGCAAACAUACUGUAACUAUUAGGGAUGCCACAAUUCUCAAUACAUUAUUGAAUCAUUCGGUUCGACCCCCACGGUGCAAUACGCGCAUGUUUGUCCAUCCAAAUCUGUCAGUUCUAUAUUCCAUGCACUUUUGUUAAUGUGCGGUUAUAUAGACGGUUUCAGCAAUAACAAGAUAAACAAGCGGCUGUCGCGGUCCGCACGUAACUUCCGGUAAAUUCCGCUAAUAAUAAAUAACAACAAAGUACUUUAAACGUAGUUUAUUUAUAUAACAAGCAAAAAAAAACACAUUGAUUACCUAGGAAACCAAAACAUUUGUUAUUUUAGACGAGGCAUCUGUUCAAGAGAUCAGUUUAGCAACUAGUCAGACCAUUAAAAAAACAAAACCGGAAGUAAAGUUCGGAUCCAGACGUGAAUCACGUGCGUGCGAUGAAACCGUCUAUACGACACAGCGAGUUGAUAUGCAGUCACUGUGUGCUACCUGCGUUAACUCUGCUUGAACUCUGCUUGCAAUGCUGGUGUCAGAUUUCAUUCGCGUGCGCACAAACCCAACAGAAAUACGUCAACAAAAAGCAGCAGAACGACUGUCUUUUAAAUCUGAGGUGUGGAUUAAUUACUUGCGCGUGUAGAUUACAUACAACAUCAAUGUAAAGAUGCAAAUUCGCGUGGGGCAAUGCGAAUGACGCAAAUUGGGCUUGUUAUUGAGGCAAACGCGCGUUAUUUGCCUCAAACACGUCUUCCGUCCUCAAAAAGUUCAACUCAAGAAGAGAAUGCGCCUGAUAAAAUAAAAUAAAUCCCACCAGUAAUCUUGAUUGUGCAACGCAUUUUUGGUUUCUACACAGACAGCAUGAUGUUGGAUUUAACAGUAGUGCAGUAAGGUAUAGCCUUCAUUUACAAUGUAAAGUUUAAUUUACUAAGUACAGGUAUAUAAAAUGGCCAAUUUAUGUAAUGUAAUGAAUUCACAUGUUCCCCAGUUUGAAUAGGAUAUCAUUUUUAUAUGUCUUUAUUUAAUUAUAUCUUAUAUUAUUGUAUCAAUACACUAGAAAUGUUUAAGAUGAUUUUGCAUUUACAUAAAAUAAAGAGAACUGCAAUUAAAACCAGUAUUUUUGCUUCUUAACAUCUCACUGUUCCUGUUUCCUAAGCAUAGAAUAAUUAAAAAACACUUUAAUAGGCCAAGGCAUCAGAACCGAAACAGAACAGAAAACCGUGGACAAGAACCGAAAAUUGUAUUGAACUGUGAACUAAGUGUAUUGUUGCAUCACUAGUAACUAUAUACAGUAGUGUUGUUUUUCAUUUUUUAUUGACACAUUUAUAAUUUUUAUAUAAUCUCUUUUAUAAACUCUUUUGUUAUGUGUCAAACUCGUUUAUUUUAUGUUGUGUGCUAUGUGAUUUUAAGAAUUGGUUUCAAAGUCUUAAUGUCAUGGAACCAUAAUGUCAUUUAUUGUCCAUUAACUUGCCUUGGAUAGUAACACACUGAGAAAGAAAGUGUUCAGAUUAUUCAGUAAAUGCUUUGUUCAUUUUUCUAACAAUUACGUCUUCUGACUUCUGCUAUAGGCCUAUAUGCAAGCAUGUCACACUUUCACUGCACAGACACCAUAUAUUGUAUAACAGGUUUCUUUCUACUUUAUUAUUAGUAUUUUAAUGAUAAUCACAGUUGAAUGUAAUGUUGUAAAAAAAACAAAG